CACCCACCCGCAAAAGCCAAGCCAAAAGCCCCCCCCCAAAGCGGUCACUCACUCAACCCCCUUUCUUGCACACACACCCUUCCGCUUUCUGUACAUACAUAUCUUACACUCACUCAACCCCCACUCUCCCGCACAUAGGUUCCUGUACAUAGUGUUCCUUCGUCUGUACUGUAUAUUUCUCCCCGUUCUCGCUCCCCCGUUCUAGUCCUAGUGUAUUCUACAUUUCACUCCUCUGUACAAAACCACGAAAUAUGUACACUCCAGUCACUCCAGUCUUCCAACCCCGUGUGCUCCGUCCCAGCACCACUCACAACACUCCCAGUCGGACGAUACCUGAACGGCCAUCCUCGCCUUCAGUCCCACAAUUCGAGUCAGAAACCUCAAUGUACGACAGAGGCAUCGCCAUGCCAGCCCCGCAGAAGCCAUUUCUCCUACGAACUCUCCAACACAACAUGCUGGUGCCUCGAUUGGACACCUACUCGCCGUCUUUGGAGAAGAGUUAUUCCGGCGGUGGUGGUGGGGCAGGAGGGGAGGGAAUACAACAAAAUAGCAGUGUCGUGCCACGACAGCAGCAGAAACGUGGCCCCGCAGCCAGGGUCUCGAUCAGGCGCUACAAUUCCCCGCUCUCCCCGUUGAAGGAGAACACAGAGACGGACGAUUUCUACAGUGGCGAGGACGCCGCCGUGGCAGAGUUGAUGGAAAUCAUGGGCAUGCAGCCUCUGCGACGGAACAUUGUGGAGGACGAUGAUGAGCAGGAGGAGAACGAGGAAGACGAAAAUAACCCACCACCUCCCACAAAACGCCGCCCCGGCGGUCACACCCGCAAAUCCUCCGUCCCCGCCCUCUUCCAACCCCACGACACCGACCCAACCCCUACAACCACACUCACCCCGCAGCACCCCUCCCUCGCAAUCCUCCAACCCCCCCGCCUCGCUUCCACCCCCUUCCGCCCCGUCCCAACAACCCCUCCACCCGCCGACCGCUCCCCCGUCUCCCGCUCCAAAAACCCGCUUCCCUUCAACGCACCCUUCUUGAACAGGUACCGCGCACCCUCACCUUUGGUAUCCUCCCCCCAACAACAGUUGGAUUUCACCUUUGCGACUGGAGCGGAGUUGGGGCUGUUGUCGCCUUCGCCUGAUCAUACCAGGGUCGUGGGGAAUGGGAAUGGGAAUGGGAAUGGGAAUGCAACCGGGGUCGGGCCCUAUCAGCAGCAACAACGACCCAUGAACCCCAUGGUCAACCGCAUGGUCGAUAUCGUCUGCGCCAACGUCGGCGGGAGCGUCCGCCCGAGAUCGAAAUCGGUGACGGAUCUGGAUGGUGGGAUCCGGCUCGCCUUUGCUUGUUAACGGGGUGGUGUUAUCCUACCCCUGGAUGAUCGGGGCAGGGGGUUCUUCAACCCCCCCCCCCUCUUUGUAUAGCUUUUGUUUUUUUCUUUGUUUCUUGCUUUUCGUGCUUUCGCGCGACGGACAAUCUGGGUCACGGCGUUUUUCUAGCCCGCAUUUGUACACAUUUCCACUAGCCACAUAUCACUGCAUGCAUAAUUGAUCCCCCGCCCUCUGUAUCUAGCUUCCCCCUUCUCCUCGUACAUUCCAACCCACAUAUACGUUUUCCCCACACGCUCAUUGUACACUCUGCACGUUUCUCGGUUGGUUACAUAGCCCCCCCCUUUUUGAGGUGCCUUCCAUUUGCAAAUAGAUCGUUUCUUUUCAUCAUCAGAGAGUGAGGUGAGAAUGCAUCGUGCGUAAGCGA